AUGGGGACGAUCGGAAUGAGGGGAGGAGAGCAUAAAGGCUGCAUGGACGAUGGUAAGAAAGGUCUUCGGGGAGUACCCGAGAAGUUGCCUGAUCUAGCGAUCCUUGCGCACAGAUCCAGGAAGAUAGAUGAGAGCUCCGUCCUCAAGAGCUCUGCAGGUCGCUCCGGUACCAUCACCGGAGAGGAAGAGCGGUCGAAAACAGACAGAGAGCUAAAAGAUCUCGUCGGCAAUGGAAGAACCGGCGGAAAAAGGAGCAAAGUCAUCGGAAACCAAAUGGGAUCCAGGGAAAAAGACAGCCACGCUCCAGUUCAGGAGGAGAAGAAACGCCGAUGA